AGUGCUGCUCCUGCUCCUCGUGGUCGAGAAGGAAUAAUUAGGGCUCCUCUGUCUUUGCUUUAACGCCACUCCUCUCUCUUUUUCUUCUUCUUCUUCCUCAGAAUAAAUUCUCUCUCCACUGCCGCAAGGAAAGGCGCCUCACCGUCACCGGGGUGUGCCGGAAAGCUCCCAUCUUUGUCUCCAUUUGUUGCUUGCCCUCAAUUCCUUCCUUCUUUCCUCCCUCUGGGUUCUUGUCCCCGGAGGCCCGGUUUCAUCUCUCCUCGAUGUGAUGCGUGUGACUCCCAGGCAGGUGAUUGGAGCUCACGUCGCGGCGGUGAUUUGCACUGUCCUCGGGGUCUGAAUUGCUAAUUACUACUGAGCGUCUCUCUCGCAUGAGGAAUAAUUCGAGAAUCGACGAAAGCUCCAACAUUUGGGUGAAUUUGGUCGCUGCCCCGUUCAAUUUCGCCCUCGCGGCCCUGGAAUUCGCGAUGUGGAGCUCCUUCUGGUGCUUCAUGGCCAUCCUCUCCGCCAAUUUCUGAGCCAAAUCUCGUGCGAUUCCGAGGCCCCCCCACGAAUCUGUGGGGUCGUCGGAGCGAUAGGUCACUGGCACCAUCACCACCACCACCAUAGUGGUUGUGGCAAAAAGGAACAAGGCACCUUCUUGGAGUUGGGAUUAGGUGCAGUCUCGAGCUCAAAAGGGCUCGUUUGGUGGAAACCUUUUUGGUUUUGGUUGCCUGUCAGUGUGCUCAGCUUCUUGCUGACCCAUCUAGCUGAAUGGAGAUUGCUCAAAUUGGGGAUUGCUCAGCUUUCUAACUGAGUCAGAGAGUGUCGUCUUGAUUUGAUUUGAUUUGAUUGGAUUUCACCAAUUGGAUUGGGAUUUCAGCAAUGGAGGAGAGGUUAGCCGACGUGGAGGGCAGUUUCGCCUGCAAUUCGAGAGGGGAGGAUGACUUCAGGAGCUGCUGUGGGGAUGAGGAUGAGUGGGAGGACACCGAGGAGUCAUUCACGGCCGGCGUCGCCAAGGGAGAGCUUGAUGAGAGCUCGGUGAGGCUGUUCUUCAAGGGCGUGUCGAGCCCCGAGGCGGAGGGGAAGAAGCUGUCCGGGAUUGGGGUGGUGAUGGAGAGGUCACCUGGGGUGCCUAUGCUUCAGGUGCAGAAGAAACUGGACUUCUAUGUGGAUGAGCUAGUGGCCGAUCACUUGGCGCUGAUGGAUGGCCUGUUGGUGGCGUUGCAGAAUGGGAUACGGAAGAUCUUUGCUUUCACCAAUUCGGAGAAGCUGUACUUUCAGAUCGCAGAAGCUGAAAUUCUAGAAGACCAGCUCUUGGUAGCUUUAGGACACAGAAUUCUUGAACUGGUGGAAAAGCUGGAAGACUUUGAUAUAAUAUUGCUUCCUAGCUUUGAGCUUGAGAGGCCACUGCAGUUGGCCAAAGAAGCCAUAGGCAUCAUGUAUCUAUCUCCAUACGAGGUUGGCACCUGUUCAAUUUGCUGUGAGGAAAAACGAGGCGCUCAGAUGAUCAAAGUGGGUUGUGCUCAUACAUUUUGCUAUAGCUGCUUGACUUCAUAUACUCAAGAGAAGCUGCAAACCAACAAGGUUCCUAUAAGAUGCCCACAGUUAAGGUGUAAAUAUCAUAUUUCUGCUAGUGAGUGUAAGUCAUUCCUUCCAGUUAGCUGCUACGAUUCUCUGGAGAGAGCUUUUGCAGAAGCUGGCACCUCAGACAUGGAAAGAUUUUAUUGUCCCUUUCCAAACUGUUCAGUUCUACUAGAUCUUAGUCAGCACUUCUCUAGAGCAAGUACAUCAAGUCAGUCAGAUCUCAAUUGUGUUGAGUGCCCAGAAUGCCAUAGAGAUAUCUGUAUCAACUGUGGAGUGCCAUGGCAUGUCAUGAUGGGCUGUGAUGAGUACCAGAGCUUGCCUGUUGAUGAAAGAGAUGCAGGAGACCUGUCUUUGCAUCGGCUAGCACAAAACAAUAGGUGGAGGCGUUGUCAGAGAUGCCGACGAAUGAUUGAACUCACACAAGGCUGCUUCCAUAUGAAUUGCUGGUGCGGGCACGAGUUCUGCUACUCCUGUGGCGCCGAGUACACCAAUGGUAUACAGACAUGCCAAUGUGUUUUCUGGGACGAAGAGAGCAUCGAGGCUGCCUCGGCAGCGCAUUCCACCCAAGCAUCCGAGAUAUGGGCAUGGGACACGUUCGACUGCAUGCCAACCGCCAUCGAAGGGUACUCGGAGCAGGAGAGAGCUCAGCUGGCUCUCAUUCAGAGGUUCCUCUCAGGGGGUUUCAACCUGGGUGAGCCUCCAAGCCAGUCGCCGCCCCGCUGCGCCGAUUCAUAUAUCAUUGACACCAUGAAGGACCUUCACCAGCUGCCAUGGCUCGAGCGGUUCGUUUCGGUGAUCAGUGACAGCUACAAUGAAGAUUACAUCCAGUGAAAACAACAUAGAUAGCAUUAAGAAAAAAAAGAAUGGCACAUACUGAUGAAUUUCAUUUGGAAUAAUAUGUUUCCAUGCCCCUCUUGAAAAUCAAUACAGGAAAAGUGAGAUGGUUCUAUACCUUCAUGAGCUUUUCCUCUUGUACUCCCUUUUUUCCUGGUUUGGUGCAUAAGCAAAAGGAGUUGCCAUCACUGAUUUUAUUUAUUUUUUGUUAAUUCCCUAAGCGUGUAUAUGCUUGUUUUUCUUGUGAGCCACACAUGCUUGGGAUGGUUUCAGAACUUCUUGAUGUUGAAUUGGAUAAGCUACAUCAGCAAUUGUUCAGUUGAUGCGUGUAUCUUUA